AUGAUAUAUUUAAGAGAACAUGGUAUAAUUUACAAGAGAAGCAGCAGAAUCUCAAGUGCCAAGAUUAACAACUUCUCUCGAUUGGAACCAACCCUUCACCUUGUGGGUGUGCAAUUUGACCAGAAUGUGGCCCAGAAUAUCAUGACUGAAAAGCCAGGGGCGGCUACAAAACUCUUAUAUCAACUCUACAUUGCUCUUCAAAAGAAGAAGAAGAGUGGAAUGACCAGCUCAGAAAUGCAAACCAUGCAGCCUCUGACAAGUGUAAAACUCCAAAACCUGAAAAGUGAGGCUUUUCGAGAGAGACUUAGGAACCUGAUACCACGUCAAACUGAUUUCAAUCUGAUGAAAGUUAAAAACAGGUUUCAAGAAAAGUAUAAACACAUGGAAGAAGAAUUUGCUCGUUUGCAAUUUGAGAAGCAAGAAAGAGCUAAAAAACUCAAGGAAGCACAAAGAUCUUUUAAUAUCGAAAAGCAUCGAUUGGGCCGAAGACGUCAGAAUGAAAUAAUGGCCAAAAUCCAAGCAGCUAUCAUCCAGAUUCCCAAACCGGCAUCAAAUCGUACUUUGAAAGCACUUGAGACCCAGAAGAUGAUGAAAAAGAAGAAAGAGGCAGAGGAUGAUGUUGCCAAUGAGAUUAAGAAGUUUGAAGCAUUAGUGAAAAAGGACCUCCAGGCAAAAGAAAGUGCAUCCAAGACCUCUUUAGAUACAGCUGGCCAGAUGACUUCUGAUUUGUUAAACACUUACUCGGACGAUGAGUACAUUAAAAAAAUUCAGAAGAGGCUUAAAGAAGAUGCUCUUGCACGCGAGCAAAGGGAGAAGAGACGGCGGAGAUUGUUAAUGGACCAACUAAUAGCCCACGAAGCACAAGAGGAAGCUUACCGGGAGGAGCAGCUCAUUAACCGACUGAUGAGGCAGUCCCAACAGGAGCGCAGGAUCGCAGUGCAGCUCAUGCAUGUUCGGCAUGAAAAGGAAGUUUUAUGGCAAAACAGAAUUUUCAGAGAAAAACAAUAUGAAGAAAGAAGACUUAAAGAUUUCCAGGAUGCUCUUGAUCGAGAAGCGGCUUUAGCAAAACAAGCCAAGAUUGAUUUUGAGGAACAAGCCCUCAGAGAGAAGGCACUUCAUGAGCAAAUUGCCGUGGAGAGAGCUCAAGCUCGUUACCAAAAGCAUUAUUUAUUAUGUGCAGAAAUUUUGGAUCACAUCCUUGAUUUGUCCACGAAAAUGGCCGACUAUCGAAUGUUAACAGACAAUCUGAUUCCGUUUAAGAUGAUGCAAGACUGGAAGGAACUGUUUUUCAAUGGAAAACCCAUUUAUGAACAAACUGGAGUUAAACAACUUGCAGCUAAGCGCUCUGAAGAACAAAUUUUAGAAAUGGAGAAAAAGGACUUGCUAGAUGAGAAGGAUUAUGACGAAUAUAAGAAUAUGGUUGGGGAGUGGGCCUUACCAGAAGAAAUGGCUGAUAAUUUACCACCCUCCAACAACAGCAUAUUAGGCCAUGUACUUCACAGACUACUUGAAAAAACUCUUCCUCCACCAGUUGAAUCAACAGAACCAGAAUUACUUUCAUCUGCUAUUAAAGGGUGUUUAUUGGGAAAAACAUUUAGUGGAAAAACUUCCAGUCUCAAGUCUCUACAGAAAGACUUUCCUGUUCAGAUCCUGUCUAUAGACACACUUGUCCAAGAAGCUAUCCAAGCGUUCCAUGACAAGGAAGAAGUUAGCCAGCCCCUACCAGUUCUGCAAGAGGAAGACCAACCGGACCUUCAAGAUUUACAAAAAGGCGAUGACAAAAGCCAGGAUCAACAAAAUGCAUCACCUGAUCCAGUUUCAGGUGACUCAUUGCCAAACCCAGAAGGUAAAGAUAGACUUACCUUUGCUAAUACUGAUGAAACACUCAAAGAUGAAGAAGUCAAAACCAGUGAUAGUUUCUCCAAACUCACAGUACGUGCUCAGCUUGGUGAAAAAUCAGAAGAGCUUUUGAAGAAAGGAAUGAGCAUUCCCGAUGAGUUGCUGGUUAGCAUCAUGGUUAAUGCUAUUAAUCAAGUACCUGUGGGUCAUGGGUGGGUCCUUGAUGGAUUUCCAAUGACAUUAAACCAAGCCAAGUUUCUUGAGGAAGCUCUCACAGGAUAUAACAAAGAACAAUUAGAACUGGAGGCAAAGAGAAAACAAAUAUCUACACUGGCCAUUGAUCCCAAGGUUUCCAGUGAAGUUCCUGUUCCCUCCCCUGCACUUGAUUUUGCCAUAUUGUUAGAUAUUUCAGAUACUACGGCACUGAAUCGCUUAAAUGGCAUCAUGGCUGAAGCACUGCUACGUGGAACUUCUGAAGAUACCACUCAUCAGGUAGCUGCUGAACACAGAGAUAAAGACAGGGACCAGUCCUUGAAGGACCAGAUCCAGCACAGAAUUGUGGGCUUCUUGGACAACUGGCCUUCGCUGGAGCAGUGGUUUUCAGAGGCAGAGAAUAUAUUGAUAAAAGUCAAUGCUGACAUAGACGAGGAGGAUCUAUACCAAAGAGUAAAAGACAUUUUUGUGACUGAGAUGCAUAAAAAAAAGAAUAAAGUCACUAAGAAAUUAGAAGAAAAGGAAGCAAAGAAGAAGACAGAAGAAGCAGCUCUGGCUGAGGCACCACCCCCUCCUCCUCCUCCUGAACCAGAAAAAGAGAAGGAAAUUUCUCCUCCGACAGAGCCUGCGAAAACUCAGUCUGCAAAAGGACAGCACAGAAAAGAAGGCCCUCAUGGUAAACAUCAAACUCCUCAGGAAGGAAAAGGAAAGAAGGGUGACACUUCACUCAAAAGAAAAGGUUCUCCUAAAGGAAAAGCACAAGGAGGGAAGCAAUCAGUCAAGAAAUCGCCUGCCGACUCCACAUCUACGUCUCCUCCGAUAGCCGCGCCGCUGCCCAAGCCUGGAUCUGAAGAGUGGGUGUACGUGAGCGAGCCCAUUCCUGAGGAAGUACCAUCAUUUUUAAUACCUUACUGGCAACUGAUAGAAAGUUCCUACAUAAAUCACAUCAAAACUGUGCUGAGACACCUGAGAGAAGACCAGUAUUCUGUGAUUACUUAUUUAUAUGAGAUUAGAACAAACUUCCAGCAAUUUCUAAUGCGUCCAGAUCACAAGCAAGAUUUUGUGGCUCAUUGGCAAGCUGAUUUCAACUCUCUUCCUGACGAUCUGUGGGAAGAUGAGGAAACCAAGGCUGAACUGCACCAAAGAGUGAAUGAUUUAAGAGACCGCCUGUGGGACAUUUGUGACACUCGGAAGGUAGAAGCAGAGCAGGAGCGUAUUGACAUCAUUAAAGAGAGCUGGUUGCAGGACUCCAUCGGAAUAAUGGUGAACCAUUUCUUCUCUUUGAUGCAGGCAGAAGUCAACCGUUUCCAAGAUACAAAGAGACUCCUUCAAGAUUAUUACAGAGCAAUGGAAAACAAAAUCCCAAUAGAAGCCAAUAGGAAAUUCACACGAGUCCCAUUGGUCCAACUGGAUAAUAAAGAAAUUUCAGAAAACCAACUUAAGAUUCCUCUAGUUCCGCGAAUAUCCAUUUUUCCAGAAAUAACUGUAGCCAAACCAAAAUUAAGAACAUUACUGAAGGGCAAGAUGGACAACUUAUUAGAAAAUAUAGAGACAAACUUGGAGGCAGAUGAGAAGUUGGUUAUGGACACGUGGCAACAGGCUUCUAUAGCGAUAUCCAACAUGGUAGCUGCUGAAGUUCACCAGAGAGUCAUGGAGGAAGAAAAAGAAAUGCAGCCAGUAGAUCUAAGAGACAAACCUACUCAGGCUGGUGUCAACAAAAAAGCCAAAAAGGAGCCCAAGAAGCAAAAAGCAGAGAAAAAGGCUAAAGGUAAAUCACCACCUGUAGCAGAAUCAUCACCUGUACUAGCCACCCCAGAGGAAAUCGCUGAGAUGCAAAGGAAAAAUGAGCUGAAACUCAAGAUAAAGGAAGAACAUCUUGCUGCUUUGCAGUUUGAAGAGAUUGCCACACAGUUUCGCCUUGGACUGAUAAAGACAAAAGCAUUGUCCGCUCUUGAAGAUCUAGUCACAAAGGUGGUGGAUGUAUAUAAACUGAUGGAAAAGUGGCUUGGGGAAAGGUACUUGUGUGAAAUGGCCAGUGUUGAAAACUUAACAGAAGUAGCACGCUAUCACAUUGAAACAGCUACAAAAAUCCAGAAUGAAUUGUAUUUAGGCCAAGACUGUUUCUUCAUCAAUGGCGACAUCAAAGUCUUUCCAGACUCCCAACCACCAAUACGUCCUCCACCUGUAGAAAAAGAAGAAAAUGGAACCCUGACAAUCAAACAACUUGACAAUCUUCAAAGUCAGUUCUUAGAUACAGCACCUAAAGGCUUCAUAGGAAGUAAAGCAUUUACUGACAUUCUGCUUGACUUGGUUACCCUGAACCUUGGAACAAACAACUUUCCUAGUAGUUGGAUGCACCUCACCCAACCUGAUUUGCAGGAGUUAACGUCUUUAUUAAUAGUGAACUCGGAGUUCGUGGACUGGCGGAAAUUCCUGUUAGUGGUCUCACUGCCAUGGCCCAUCCCCCUUGAAGAUGAGCUCCUGGAGACCCUGAAGAGAUUCCAGACCGUGGACCAGGAGCAGCUGGGCAUGGUCACUUUCGAGCAGUAUAUGCAGGCUGGUCUGUGGUUUACUGGAGAUGAAGAGAUAAAAAUUCCAGAAAAUCCCCUUGAGCCCCUGCCCUUUAAUAGGCAGGAACACCUGAUAGAGUUUUUCUUCCGGCUGUUUACUGACUACGAAAGAGAUCCACCUCUGCUUGACUACACGCAGAUGCUGCUUUAUUUUGCCUGUCAUCCGAAUCCUGUGGAAGGAGUCUACAGGGCCCUCAGUGUGGCUACUGGGACUCACAUCUUCCGGAGAAUCAAAACCCCUCCACCAAUUGUAGAAAAGUGUAGUAGCACAGAUAUUAGUCCCAUGGAAGGACUGCCUGAGUCUGAAGAAAAUGGGAGAGAGGAAAAGGAAUUCAAAGAGGAGGAAAAGGAAGAAGAGAUACCUGAGAAGGCAAACACUGAGAAGAUUUCUGUGGAAACCCUGCUGCUAGUGUUCCGAGGUGGAACCGAAGCGUGUGACUGUGACCGAUUCUCCAGCCACCUAAACACCGAGAACAUUUAUUAUGAGCACUUCAUAAAAAUAUUUCAUGACCUAGGUGCCAAGGAUUUGGCGCCAAUUGAAAUUUGUGAUCUCAUGAAGCAUCCUUUUAUUCAAGACCUGAUUUCAAGUUACUCGGACUAUAAAAUUCCAGACAUUAAGAUAGUUUUCCAAAGGAGUGAAAAUGUGCAAGGAAGUGAUGGAGAGAGAUCGUCUUCAAGACUGACAGAGGAAAAGAAAUGA